AUGAGAAAAUUUACAAAAUUAAUUGAUAAUUAUGGUAGAAUUCAUAAUUAUUUACGUAUAUCAUUAACUGGAAAGUGUAAUUUAAAUUGUUUAUAUUGUAUGCCAAAAAAAUCUUUACAAAAUAAUGAAAUAAUAUUAUCAAAUAUAAUAACAUCUAAUGAAAUAUUAUUUCUUGCUAAUUAUUUUUGUUAUCGUGGUAUAAGAAAAAUUCGUUUAACUGGUGGUGAACCAUUAUUACGAUCAGAUUUACUUCAAAUUAUAAAAGAUUUAAAUGAUUUAAAAUAUCAACAUAAACAUUUUACUGAAAUAGGAAUAACUACAAAUGGUGUGAAAUUUAAAAAAUAUGCUAAAAAUUUAAUAUUAAAUGGAUUAAAUUCAGUGAAUAUUAGUUUAGAUAGUUUAAAAUCAGAAAAAAAUUUAAAAUUAACAGGACAAUCUACAUUUAAACAAUCAAUGGCAGCUAUAAUUAAAGCAAUUGAAAUUGGAUUUAAAACUGUUAAGGUUAAUUGCGUAGUUAUGAAAGAUUUCAAUGAAGAUGAAUUAUGCGAUUUUGUUGAACUGACACGAUAUUUGCCUAUUGAAGUACGAUUCAUUGAAUAUAUGCCAUUUUCUGGUAACCAAUGGGAACUAUCAAAAUUAUUCUCAUAUAAACAAAUGUUAAACAUUAUACGAAAUUCUUAUCCAAAUUUAAUUUGUUUAAAUGAAAACUCAUUUGAUGUAACAAAACUUUAUCAAGUAUCAGGAUGGUUAGGUAAAAUUGGUUUCAUCACCUCAAUGACUGAGAAUUUUUGUGCUGGAUGUUCACGUUUGCGUAUUACAGCUGAUGGAAACCUUAAAAUUUGUUUACAUGAUAAUUAUGAAGUGAGUUUAGUGAAAAUAUUACGCAACAAAAUGAAUUCACAUGUAAUUGAUGAAUGGUUUGCUGAAAAGCCUAACUAUAACUUAAAACAAUCUACGCAAUUAAAUGAAAUCUAUGAUCAACUUGAUCAAAUUGUCGAUCAAGCUUUAACUAAAAAGUCUGCUAGUCACAAAGGUGCUAUUCAACUUGCAUCAAGUGUAAAUCGUUCAAUGGUUCAGAUCGGCGGUUAA